AUGGCCUCUCCAGCACCCUCUACCCCUUCGUUGUCCACCCCAGUUCCUCAGAGCGCAGGAGGAGCAAGCGUCGCAGCUGCUGCACCCGCACGUUCCUCCAGUCAGCGUGAAGCCGGAAACUUGGGCACUUUUGGUGUUAAAUCGGGAUUGGCUCAGAUGCUCAAGGGUGGGGUGAUCAUGGACGUAGUCAACGCCGAGCAGGCUCGCAUUGCCGAAGAGGCAGGCGCUUGCGCCGUUAUGGCUUUGGAGCGGGUCCCGGCUGAUAUCCGCAAGGAAGGUGGUGUGGCCCGCAUGAGUGAUCCCAAAAUGAUCAAGGAAAUCGUCGAUGCCGUGACUAUUCCGGUCAUGGCCAAGGUCCGCAUUGGUCAUUUCGUCGAAGCUCAGAUCCUUCAAGCCAUCGGUGUUGAUUACAUUGACGAAUCCGAAGUCCUCACUCCCGCCGAUGAAGAACAUCACAUCAACAAACACAACUUCAAGGUACCCUUCGUCUGUGGUUGCCGCAACCUCGGUGAAGCUCUGCGCCGGAUCUCUGAAGGAGCUGCUUUCAUCCGAACCAAGGGUGAGGCUGGCACGGGCAACAUUGUCGAAGCUGUCCGACACGAGCGAGCUGUCAUGAGCGACAUCAAGAAGGCAAGCGUUAUGAGCGACGAGGAGCUCUACGUCUUCGCCAAAGAGAUCCAAGCGCCGUUCCAUCUCUUGAAGGAGACUGCUAGGUUGAAGAGGCUUCCCGUUGUCAACUUUGCUGCUGGUGGAAUCGCUACCCCUGCUGAUGCGGCGCUUAUGAUGCAACUCGGUUGUGACGGAGUCUUCGUUGGGUCUGGUAUCUUCCACUCUGGCGACCCUGCCAAGCGUGCACGCGCCAUUGUCCAGGCUGUUACCCACUACAACAACCCUAAGAUUCUGGCCGAGGUUUCUGAAGAUCUGGGUGAAGCCAUGGUCGGACUGACGAUAAGCGACAACAUCGAAGGUGGACGAUUGGCCGGUCGAGGCACAUAA